CCAGCUGCACCAGCACCAAAAGAUGGCGAAGCACCAAAAGACGGCGAAGCACCAAAAGAUGGCGGAGCACCAAAAGACGGCGAAGCACCAAAAGAUGGUGGAGCACCAAAAGACGGCGAAGCACCAAAAGAUGGCGGUACACCGAACCCAGCUGCACCUGCACCAAAAGGUGGUGGAGCACCAAAAGACGGCGAAGCGCCAAAAGAUGACGGAGCACCAAAAGAUGGCGGAGCACCAAAAGAUGGCGAUGCAAAUAACACACCAAAGAAAUCACCACUUGACUUACCGGUUGUUCCUACAAAAAUUGAUCCAACUUCAACUUGCGCUUCUACUCCAAUCGUUAAAACAACUACACAAGAAGAAGUAGAAACGAUAACACCAGCUCCAGAUAACCCAACACCAGCUCCAAAUAACCCAAAUAACCCAACAUCAGCUCCAAAUAAUCCAGAUAACGAUAAGAAUAAAGAUAAUAAUAAUAAUAACGAUAAUAACAAUAAUGGUAACAACAAUAACGGUAAUAAUGGUAAAAAUGGUGGUAACGAUAAU